UUUCCGGGUAUGGCGCUGGCAGCCAUAUUAGAUUGGAUUAGCUGUCCUGGCACUUCUUCACUACAACAAACAGGACGUUGUCUGUCUUUUCCCCCAAGGAAACUUUUAACGGUUAUUCGGCUACGAAGUAAAACUACAUCAUCGGCGACAAGCGACCCGCAGCUGUAGUCAAAGAUGAAUCCCGAGUAUGAUUAUUUAUUCAAGCUGCUGCUGAUUGGAGAUUCUGGUGUUGGCAAGUCCUGUCUCCUCCUUCGCUUCGCAGACGACACGUACACAGAGAGCUACAUCAGCACCAUCGGUGUGGACUUCAAGAUCAGGACCAUCGAGUUGGACGGGAAGACCAUCAAACUGCAGAUUUGGGACACCGCCGGCCAGGAGCGUUUCCGCACCAUCACGUCCAGUUACUACCGAGGCGCUCACGGCAUCAUCGUGGUCUACGACGUGACCGACCAGGAGUCCUUCAACAACGUCAAACAGUGGCUGCAGGAGAUCGACCGCUACGCCAGCGAGAACGUCAACAAGCUGCUGGUGGGCAACAAGUGUGACCUGACCACCAAGAAGGUGGUGGACUACACCACAGCCAAGGAGUUUGCGGACAGCCUGAGCAUCCCCUUCCUGGAGACCAGCGCCAAGAGCGCCACCAACGUGGAGCAGGCCUUCAUGACCAUGGCGGCCGAGAUCAAGAAGAGGAUGGGCCCGGGAGCCACGGCCGGCGCCGGCGAGAAGUCCAACGUGAAGAUCCAGAGCAAGCCCGUCAACACCUCGUCCGGGGGCUGCUGCUGAGGAACCAACGAGCCCACGACCCGUCUCAACGUUAGCGAGGACGCCAGGAGGAAGAGGGAGGGCCCCGCCUUUCCAAACGUCAGCAAUAGGAUGGCUCCGUCCAAAGUCUCGGACCCCACCAGGCGCUCUUUUUCUCCUCCACCACGUGUCCACUUUUUAACGACCACCUUCUUCUUCUUCACUCUUGUCCUCCAUGCAGCACGCGCUCGCAGCACGCCGUCAUAAGCCACGCCCACUCCCCAUGUGCCUUUGAGCGCACUUUAUACGCUGGCUAGCCAACAUUCCCGUGUGUAAAUACGUGCUAGCAUGAUGCUAACGAGCGCGUGCUGCAUCGUGCGCAGGUUUCAAGUGUAUAUAUUUCUACAUCACCUCAUUUGUGGCGGCCAUUAAACCAUGAAGGAGACCUUUCAUAACUACGUCUUUGACUUCUCUGACCCAAGUACAUAUUAAAUGUUUGUUAAAACAUCUCAUUGAUACAACUCUGCAUUCCAAGCAUCAAUUACAAAUAUGAACCAGCGUUUUACUCUGGUCAGCAGCUUUUAUUUUGAAGGUCACCACCAGAACCAGUCUUCUCUUAUAGUCUUUUUCACGCAACUGUGUGAUAAAAACCGACUUGGGACAAGCAAGAAUAAAAAA